UAACAUAAGUAUUAAAAGGUACAUGUUUGUGGAUUGAGCGAGUGAAGUGGCGAUUUUGUCUCUCUGCCAUGACAACGUAACCAUGCAUCAUGCAUUCACACAUUCUUCAUCUUUCUCUUCUCAUCAGCCCUGCCUGAAGGUUAUGAUUCUGGGCCAGCUUUGUAGAAUCUUGUGAAGGUUUUGAAAUUAGGUUUGUUGGUGAAAUAAAUAGAAAAAGGGUAAAUUGGAUUGGUAUAGGGAUAGAGUGAGCUGAAAUGAGUGUAGUAGGGUUUGAUAUUGGAAAUGAGAAUUGUGUUAUUGCUGUAGUGAAGCAAGGUGGGGUUGAUGUUUUGUUGAAUGAUGAAUCGAACCGCGAAACCCCUGCGGUUGUCUGCUUUGGCGAGAAGCAACGGUUUUUAGGGUCUGCUGGUGCUGCUUCUGCUAUGAUGCAUCCCAAAUCGACGGUAUCUCAAGUCAAGAGACUAAUAGGAAGGAGAUUUGCAGACCUUGAUGUUCAAAAUGAUCUGAAAAGGCUCCCCAUCGAAACUUCUGAAGGUUCAGAUGGUGGCAUUUUGAUCCACUUGAAAUAUUUAAAGGAGACUCAUAAGUUUACGCCGGUUCAAAUAUUAGCGAUGCUCUUUGCCCACUUGAAGACUAUAGCUGAAAACGAUUUGGGGACCGCUGUUUCGGAUUGUGUUAUUGGAGUUCCGUCGUACUUUACUGACUUGCAGAGACGGGCGUAUCUUGAUGCUGCAACAAUUGUUGGGUUGAAGCCUUUGAGGUUGUUUCAUGAUUGCACUGCAACUGGUCUUGGUUAUGGUGUUUACAAAACAGAUUUUCCCCAAGGAGGUCCUAUUUAUGUUGUGUUUAUCGACAUAGGUCAAUGUGAUACUCAGGUUUCUGUUGCAGCGUUUCAGGCUGGGAAAAUGAAGAUACUUUCACAUGCUUUUGACAGGAACUUAGGGGGUAGAGACUUUGAUGAGGUUCUAUUUAUACAUUUUGCAGCAAAAUUUAAGGAACAGUAUAAAAUUGAUGUAUAUUCAAAUGCAAGAGCGUGUAAUAGGUUGCGUGCAGCGUGUGAGAAGUUGAAGAAAGUUUUGAGUGCGAAUUUAGAAGCACCUCUUAACAUUGAGUGUUUGAUGGAUGAAAAAGAUGUUAGUGGAUUUAUCAAGAGGGAAGAAUUUGAGAAUCUUGCUGCAGGAUUAUUGGAGAGAAUCUGUAUUCCUUGCAACAAAGCAUUGGCUGACGCGGGCUUGACUGUUGAUAAGAUGUAUUCCGUUGAGUUAAUUGGUUCAGGUUCAAGAAUUCCAGCUAUAGCUAGAUUAUUAACUUCUGUAUUUAAGAGAGAACUCAGCCGAACGCUGAAUGCAAGUGAGUGCGUAGCUCGUGGUUGCGCUCUGCAGUGUGCAAUGCAGAGUCCUGUUUUCCGCAUCAAAGAAUAUGAGGUCCAGGAUUCUAUUCCUUUUUCGAUUGGACUUUCCUCUGAUGAAGGUCCUAUCUGUUUAAAAUCAAAUGGUGUACUUUUCCCAAAAGGCCAACCAAUUCCAAGUUAUAAAACACUUACGUUUCACGGCAGUAAUUUUCUCCGUUUUGAAGCAUUCUAUGCUAAUCCAGAUGAAGUGCCAAAGGGGACAUCUCCUAAAAUUAGUUGCUUCACGAUUGGUCCUUUGAAUGGAUCCCAUGGAAGUAAGAUGGGAGUUGAAGUUAGAAUUCAACUAAAUUUGCAUGGCAUUGUCAAUAUUGAAUCAUCUACAUUGAUCGAGGACCAUGCGGAAGAUUCGGUUACAACGCGUGAUUGUCAUUCAAAUUCUGAAGCAAUAGAUGUCGAACCCAUUUCUGAGACAGAUCAAAAUACCAAUGAAUAUAGGAAAGAUAAGAAGUGUGAGUCUUCACAUCAUUCUUCUGAUGGUACAAGAAAAGAUAAAGCCAACAAAAGGCUUCAUGUGCCGGUGAGUGAGAACAUCUACGGUGGAAUGACACAGGCUGAAAUCAUAGAGGCUCAAGAACAAGAAUGCCAAUUAACACAGCAGGAUAGAACAAUGGAGUUAACCAAAGACAAGAGGAACUCUUUGGAGUCUUAUGUCUAUGACAUGAGGAAUAAGCUUUUCAACGAAUACCGUAAUUUUGCAAGUGAACAAGAGAGGGAUGGCAUAUCAAGGAGCCUUCAAGAGACUGAGGAAUGGCUUUACGAUGAAGGAGAUGAUGAAACAGUACAUGCUUAUGCUGCAAAACUAGAAGAUCUAAAACAGCUGGUGGAUCCAAUUGAGAACCGAUGCAAAGAUGAAGAAGCAAGAGUGCAAGCUACGAGAGAUUUGUUAGGCUGCAUUGUCGAGCAUCGCAUGUCUGCGGAUUCUCUUCCACCCCAAAAUAAAGAACUGGUUACCAAUGAGUGCAAUAAAGCAGAACAGUGGCUAAGAGAGAAGAUGCAACAACAAGAUGCUUUGCCUAAGAGCUCCGAUCCAGUGUUUUGGUCAAGUGAUAUCAAUAGCAAGACACAAGAUUUAAAUUUGUAUGAUUUGACCCUUUUGUUUUUUCUUUUUCAAAAGUGCAUAAUUAUAGUUUGUUGUAAUCUAUUUAGCAGAAGCACUUCAAAUUGAAGACGUGUCUUGAUUUCCAGCAUGUGUUGGUAUGAAGUGUCCGACACUAACACUUGUGAUUACAUAUAAUAACCUAUAUUUUUGCAAAUUAUUAUUGGUGUCUACGAGUCAGUAUUGGUGUUAGGUUCGGUGUAUGUGUAUGUAUUUGUGUUUCAUAGGUGUGAUGAUUCACUUGGGUAUGAAUCAUAGACCUACUGAUGUGACACAUUGUUCAUCUACUCUAAUUAACACUUCAGUCAUUAUAUUAUUGAUUUUAUCUCUGAA